AUGCUGGAUUUCCCUGAGUCCUUUGUUAAAUUUAAGGCUCAAGGCGUGUCUGAUCACUGUCUGGGUCUGCUUUGGUCACAUAAAGGGGUCAUGGUUAAGAAGCCUAGGCCUUUCAAGUUUUUUAAUUGUUGGACUGGCCAUGAGCAGUUUCUGAGCACUGUUGUGAAUUCCUGGCUGGGCUAUUGUGAUGGGAACCCUAUGCAGUGUUUGUUAAGGAAAUUAAAGAGGCUUAAAUCAUGUUUUAAGGAUUUUAACAAGGAAUUCUUCUCUGACAUAUCUGGUAGAGUUAAGUCCAAGAGAUCCGAUCUUGAGCAGUUACAGCUUUUUAACCUGUCCCAUGUUGGUCAGAGGAGGAUGAAUGAUGAAAGAAUUCUCAAAGCUGAGUUGGUUGACCUGGAAAUUGCUGAGUCAGAGUUCUACAGGCACUGGUUAAAGGAGGGUGAUUUAAAUACCAGGUUUUUUCAUCAGAAGGUUGAGUCCAAUAAAAAGAAUAACACUAUCAGAGUUAUUAUGAGUGAAGAGGGUCAGUGCUAUGAGUCAUUUGAUGAGAUGGUUGCAGAGUUAGUUAGGUUCUUCACUUAUCUUGUUGGAUCUGCUGAUCCCAUGGUUAGUGGUUGUUCUGUGGAGAGCCUUAAGGAUCUAUUACCUUACUCCUUGCCUAAUGAUGCUGCAGUGUCUCUCACUAAGGAGGUGGAUGGUUUGGAGAUUAAAAAGGUCUUGUUCAAGCAAGGUAAGGACAAAAGUCUAGGCCCAGAUGGAUACACUUCUGGUUUCUUCAAAGCUGUCUGGGACAUUGUUAGGGCAGAUUUUAUUUCUACUGUGAGGUACUUCUUUCAAUCUUCUAUUAUGUUGCCAGCUUUCAACACUACUGCCUUAGUUUUGGUCCCUAAAACCCCUAAUCCUUGUUUAGCUAGAGAUUUUAGGCCAAUAUCUUGUUGUUCUGUGGUGUACAAGACUAUUACUAGAAUUCUGGUGGAUAGAUUAAUGCCUUUCUUCCCUGCCAUGAUUUCUCAGAGUCAGUCUGCCUAUGUUAGGGGUAGGAACAUAGUUGAUAACACCUUGUUAGCUCAGGAAAUUGUUAAGGGCUAUUCAAGGAAAAGUCUUUCCCCUAUGUGUGCCAUAAAAAUUGAUUUACAAAAAGCUUUUGACUCUGUUAAUUGGGGAUUUUUAUUUUCUGUUCUUGAGGCUUUGGGGCUCCCUCCUAUCUUUUGUAAUUGGGUCAAAGGAUGUAUUACCACUCUUAUGUUCUCUGUUUCUCUAAAUAGGAGCCUAGUGGGGUUUUUCAAGGAUUCUGUUUUGGGAGUAUUGAGCACCUUAGAGAAGUUUUAUGAGUUAUCUGGCCUCAAGUUGAAUGCCCAGAAAAUAGAAUUCUUUGCUUGUGGUUUGAGUUCUCAUGUUCUGGAUCAGAUUUGUACUGCUUCUGGUUUUAGACUAGGGCAUCUUCCUGUUAGGUACCUUGGUGUACCUCUUGUGACUAGAAAGCUCACAGGUAAGGACUGUGCAGCUCUGUUGGCCAGGCUCAAGCACAAGCUCAACCAAUGGUCUAAUAGAAACCUUAGCUUUGGGGGCAGACUGCAGUUAAUCAAAACUGGCAGUGACACCCCAACUAGGGGCGCCCGUGUUGGCUGGAACCAGGUUUGUUCCUUAAAAUCGGAGGGUGGUCUGGGGCUUAAAAACCUUGUGGUUUGGAGUAGAGCUUGCUGCCCGCUGCUUGUCAGAAACAUUUUGGCUGGGGAGGGCUCGCUUUGGAUUGCAUGGAUCAAGGAAUAUUGCUUUAAAUCUUUGAGUUUCUGGGAGGUUGAGUGCAAAUCUCACUUUAGCUGGAUCUUAACUAAACUGUUGAAGUUGAGGGGUGAGGCUAGGGGGUUGUUCUUCCCCUAUGCUAAUUGGAGUUUAAUCAAUGGUAAGUGGAUUUGGGAUAACAUCCGUGGCAGUAGAGAUAAAGUUAGCUGGCACAGGUUAAUCUGGUUUCCUGGCCAUAUUCCCAAAUUCUCUUUAAUCUCUUGGAUGGUCAUUCUCGAUAGGCUGCCUACCAAGGAUAGGCUUGCUCGGUUCGGCUUGCUUGUUGACAAUGUUUGUGGCUUGUGUGGUGCUGGAAUGGAGUCCCGUGACCACCUUUUUGCUGACUGUUCUUUUGCUAGGGGCGUUUGGGGAGCUGUGUUGAACGCUCAUGGUCUCUCAUUUAUGGCUCGCGCCUGGGACGAGCAGCUUCACUGGUUACUGUCAAACCUCAGGGGAAAAACCCUUCGAGUUCGUGCCCUUAAGUUGUUGUGGACUGGCUUUCUCUAUCUUAUCUGGGAGGAGCGUAACCAUCGAUAUCAUAGGAAUUUGAUUCGUUCAAUUGAUGUCAUUGUAAAUAGGAUUUUGGAGGAGGUAAAUAUCAAGUUGUAUAGGCAUGGUUAUAUUGAUUUGAGGUUGUAA